AUGGAAAAACAAUAUGAAAAGAAGAUCACAUGGACGAUUAAGAAUUUCUCUUCUUUACAAUCUGAGAAAAUUUAUUCUGAUCAUGGGUUUACAUGGCGUCUUCUGGCCUAUCCCAAGGGUAAUUGGCAUAGUAUUAAUAAAUGUUUGUCUCUAUUUCUGGAUGUUGCUGAUUCUGAAUCUUUGCCUUGUGGAUGGCAAAGACACACAAGAUAUCGCCUAACUGUUGUUAAUCAAAUUUCAGAGAAACUCUCCCAGCAUAGAGUAUCACAAAAGUGGUUUGAUGAGAAAUCUACCAGCAUAGGUUACCCAUCAAUGCUUCCCCUUACAAAACUUGCAAAUGGGUUUUUAAUGAACGGAGAAGUCAAGAUUGUAGCCGAGGUUGGUGUUCUUGAAGUUCAUGGCAAAUCAGAUGUGUUGGAGGAAACUUCAUUAGUUAAUGAAAGCAUCAAUGUCAAUGGGUUUCAAGUUCUUCCUUCACAGGUGGAAACUGUGAACACUCUCUUUAAAAAGCACCCAGACAUUGCAUCAAAAUUCCGUCUAGAGAACCCACAUCUAAGGACCACAUACUUGAAUGUCCUGAUAACCCUGACUGAGAUUCUAUACCAGUCCCCUCAGAAACUCUCCAAUCUUGAUCUCGCCAAUGCAUUUUGUACACUAUCUUGUAUGAAAAAGGCGGGCUUUAAGUUGGAUUGGUUGGAGAACAAACUGAAAGAGGUUGGUAAGACUCUGCUGCAACAACAUGAGAAAGAGUUGAAGGAAUUAAAGGACUUGAAGGAAGAGUUUAUGCUAGAGUUAUGA